AGUUCAUAUCAAUAUAGUAUGGUUGGCAUUGCCUGCAGGCAGAGCAUAACAAAAGUGGGCAAUGGAGAAGAAGCUAUCCUCAGUUGCGAAGACCUUCACUCCCUCACCCAUUCAAGAGCUCUCUCACUUAGCUCAGAGAUGCAACGCCAUCAACCUCGCCGAAGGUUUCCCGGACUUUCCCGCUCCCACCCACCUGAAACUCGCCGCCGUUUCUGCCAUCAAUUCUGACUUCAACCAGUACAGGCAUGUCCAAGGAAUUUGUGAGCACUUGGCGAGAAUUAUGAAGGCAAUGCACGGUGUUGAUGUUGAUCCCAAGACUGAUAUAGCCAUUUGCUGCGGCCAAACUGAGGCCUUUGCAGCCGCAGUAUUUGCUGUGAUAGACCCGGGGGAUGAGGUUGUGCUGUUUGACCCUUCUUAUGAAACAUAUGAGAGUUGCAUUAAAAUGGCUGGAGGAAUCCCUGUAUAUGUAGCACUUGACCAUCCUUUCUGGAGUUUGGAUUCAGACAAAUUCAUGGGGUCGUUUACUUGCAGAACAAAAGCUGUGAUAUUAAACAGUCCUCAGAAUCCAACUGGGAAAGUUUUCACUAAAGAUGAGCUUGAGAUCAUUGCAGGAGCUUGUUGCAGAUGGGAUUGCCUAGCUAUAACAGAUGAAGUGUAUGAGCAUUUAACAUAUGACAACAUAAAGCACACAUCACUUGCCUCACUUCCGGGAAUGCAAGAGCGGACUAUCAUUACUUCUUCUUUAUCGAAAACUUUCUGUGUUACAGGGUGGAGAAUUGGAUGGGCGAUUGCUCCAGCUUUCUUUGCCUUGGCAAUUAGAAAUAUUCAUGUUAAACUUACUGAUUCUGCUCCAGCACCUUUCCAAGAAGCAGCCUUGACCGCCUUAAGAAGCCCACCAGAUUAUUAUGAAUCAUUGAGAAAAGGUUAUGAAUCAAAAAGAGAUUACAUUAUGGAGCUGCUUGCUAAGAUUGGUUUUCAAAUUCAAUUUAAGCCUCAGGGCUCAUUCUUUUUAUUUGCAGAACUUCCUAAAAAUUCCCCACUUUCUGAUGUAGAAUAUGUCAAGGAAUUAAUAGAACAAGCAGGAGUGGUUGCAGUACCAGGUUGUGGUUUCUUUCACACAAAUUUAUCUUUGGAGAAACCAACUCAAGUGAGUUGUAACUAUCAGACGAGGUACAUCAGGUUUGCUUUCUGCAAGAGCAAUGCUACAUUGGCUGCUGCAGCAAAACAACUUGGUGGGCUCAAGGUCGGUGCGCCUGUCUCAGCAGGAACUACGAGGGAUAAAUGAUGUUCCAUCGACGUAAAAUGGAAGUGAUGCAACUGCAGUUGAUCUAUCAGGAAAACCAUUGCGGUGAUACAGAUAUUGAACAAUGUAAAUUGCAUUAGAUGUUGGGAAAUAUUCUUUUAGAAGGUGCAAAAGAGAUGUCUCAGAGUUGAUCAUGCUGAUCUAAUCAUGUUUUCUUUUUCCCCAAAAGGAUCGUACCGCAAUGAGUCUUUGCCUAGACUCUGUUGGAACGAUUGACUGUCUAAAGGUGGUUAAGAUAGAGACCACACAUUUUGUGAUUGUUUCAAUAUCAAGUCAUUCCCU